CUGCGAUAUUUCACUUUUCAGAUCGACAUUGCUGACACUCUAGACGAUGUUUCUGACAUAUCAGAGUCCGAAAAAGAAAGCCCUGUAAGUAAUCUCCAGCUAGUUUUCUUAACAAAUGUUUUGCAUAGUUCGGACUUGGUCCUCAACAAGCUGAUGAUGGCUCUAUCUUUUUGGAUUCUAACUGAUAUGGAAUUUUUGAAUGAUCGCAAUCGUCAGCUUCAUUACCUCAUUAACAAACCACGCUUGGUUGAUAUACGAAAUUUAACUUGUGAUGCUUUGUCACCAUGGUCCGAGAGCUUACAAAUGACUGACGGUUUGUAA